CGACACGCCCUCCCUUUGAGGAUAUUUGCGAAUUUUGAAGUGGGUCUGCAUACAAUAAAACUACCAACCUGCUCCGUUGCCAUCGACACUCCACAUCAGGAGCAUCCCAACUCUCCUCAACACCGCCAGCUGCAAAAGCAAGCCACAGCUUCUACAACCCUCACCACCUAAAAAGAAAUACGGCCUCAAAAUGUCCUCCAACGUCGGCCUCUCCACUCCCCGUGGUAGCGGUACAUCAGGCUACGUCCAACGCAACGGUGCCUUCCUCAAACCCCGCGCCGCAGGCUUCGGCGCACCCUACCCACCAGUCUCCGGCGCCAACGGGCCCCCCGACCGCGCCUUUAAACAACGCCUCCCAGACAAACAGAUCCUGGAGCACGACCGGCGCCGCGCAAUCGAAGUGAAAGUUAUGGAAGAACGCGAGCGUCUAGAAGAAGAGAACGAGCGCAUUGAAGAAGCGCUGUCCAAGUCUAAGGGCAAAGGCAAGGUUACGAAGAGCGCUAAGCCCGUCGAGGAUAAGGAGGAUGGCGAGGAGGAUGAGGAUGAAGAGGGUGAGGGUGAGCGCGUGCUUAGCGAGGAGGAGAUGGAUGAGCGGUGCGAGGCGUUGAGGCAGCGGCUUGUUAAGGAGAUGGAGGCUGAGACGGCGGAGGGUGCUGGUGGAUCUGCGCGGGGGAAGAAGGUCUUGCCUAAAGAUCGGAGGCAGCUCAAGUCUUAUCAGGUGCAUGAGCUUGCGGAGGCGAAGAUUCAGGAGAGCGAGCGGUUGAGGAGGGCGUUGGGGAUUCGAGAGGAUCGGGAGACUGGGGAAAUUAGUAGUCGGCGUUUUGAGAGGCGCCGGGAUUGAGGAAAUGAUAUCUUGCUGGACUUGAGGAAAAUUUCUGGAUCAAGGAUUCUAUAUAUGAUGGCGUUUUGGAUGGGAGUUUGUUUUUUUAUCAACCGGAAGGGAUGGCUUGGUGCUGCCACUUUACUCGUCUAGCAUUGUACAUUGGAUGAUACAUGGUGGA